AUGGAAAAGUGCUGGUUUGUAUUGCGCCAGCAACAAUAUCCCCCGCCCAAAGAUGGCGCGGGCCCGAUCCGCCUUGGUUCAAUCAUCCCAAACCUUCGUAAGAUCGAUUCCGUUGUGAAUGAAGAUGGUCCGGAACCAUUACCCCCCAAUGUUCAGGUUUAUUCUACUCGAAAGAGUGACUUCAAAUGGGAGAACGGCAAAGGUCGAGAAUACAAAGUUGACAACGAUGUUGGCCUCCCUGUUGGCACGGUUCCAGGAAUAACUGUUGGUGGGGCCGCUGGGGCCGCCUUUCAGCGGUCAGUUAGCAACUAUGCUGAGUUUAAUCUAGAGGCUCAGUUUAUCCAGCCGACAGAGGGUUAUUUGCGAGACAGCGUGGAUGAUGAACAUGUUCGACAAUAUAUUCAGCGCGAAACCAAGUUACUGAAUAGAUGGUCCUUGUUUAUGAUCACUGGGCUCAUGAUUGCUCGAGGCGCCCGUGGGAAUUACAAGGAAAGCAAAGAAACAAGUUUCCAUGGCGGGCCAACAGUAUCUCUUGCAGGUAUAGUCGAUAUCAGCAACGACGACACCGUAUCGAACACAUGGAAGACCUCAACAUCAUAUGGAGGAUCGGAUGACUUUAUUUGGGCUGUCCGAUUGAUGAAAUUAUCGAAAAAGCUCUUCUCCGACUAUAUCGAUCAUGAAACAUGCACAAAGGGAGCUACAUUCAGCACCGAUGAGGAGCAAACGAACAUUCGAAUCAUGAUCAACCUAUCCGAGGUUGUGGAUACUAAAUUUGAUCUGCUCUAUGAUGAGUGCGAUGGCAAUGAAGAGGUAUUUGUGAUGGCAGAAGAUGUGUAA